CGCGAUGGCACGCGACCCCAACACGCCCAAGGCGCCGAGGCCGAAGAAGAAACCCAAGAACAAGGAUACGGCGCCUGCCCCCGAGAGGAACGAGACCCCCGAGGAGAGAGCCGAACGCAAACGAAAGGCAAAGGAGGAGCGCCGGACAAAGGCCGAGCCAGUGUUGAGGGAAGAUGGAGACAAAAAGUGCAAGAUAUGCAAGGAGGUAUUGCCAACCUCGAAGUUCUCGCCGGCGCAGCUUCGCAAACCCAGGGCGGCGUGCAAGAGCUGCUGCGAGUCCAGGGCCCAGGACGACCGCCCGGACCACGUCCCGAGGAGCAAGUCCAUGAAGGAGCGUCGCGAGGAGCUCAGGCGGCUCAGGGAGACGAAGAGGAAGGAGAGGGACGAGGUGAAGGCCAAGCCGGCGACGCCCGCGAUGCCGAACCGCGCGGACGAACCCGCGGCGAAGCGCGUUAAACCCUCGGAACCCGACGGUGGGGACGAAGAGAGAGAGAGACCCGCACCUGCGGGGGACGGGAAUGACGAAGCACCGGUCGCGACAAAGGUCGACGGCGGGGACGGCGCGGCGAACGUCGACGAGCCCGCCUCUGACGCCGAGGGCGACGAGGCGAUGAAACGCCAGAUCUACGUCGGGGGCAUACCCUUCUACAAGACCGAGGACGAGAUCCGCGAGGCGUUCGACAACGAGAACCUGCCGGUGGAGAGCAUCGACUGCAUGACGUUCCCAGACAGCGGUCGGUUCAGGGGCAUAGCCAUCGUCACGUUUGCCACGGCAGAGGCGGCCAAGGGUGCGCUCGCGUGGAACAACGAGGAGUGGGAGGGGAAGUUCCUGGUGGUUCGUAAGUACGCGCCAAAAGACGGCGCGACGAAAGCAGUUGCCGCGAAGGAGGAUGCGACGCCCAGGGAAGAGGUGAAGAAAACGGAGGGCCAGACGAUUGCCUUCAUCGCCAACCUGGACUACUCCGUCACUGAGGAGCAACUGCGGACGGCGCUGGUCGGCUGCGAGGUGAAGGAGGUGCGCAUGGGCAAGGACAAGGAGACGGGCGAGUUUAAGGGGUUCGCGCACGUCGAGUUCGUCGGGGACGAUGACCUCGAGCAGGCGGUGUCCUUGAGUGGGACCAACCUGAUGGGCCGCGAGAUGAAAAUAGCAUACGCCACGGCAAGGAAACCGCCAAAGGAGGAUCGCGCACCGCCCAGGUUUGGAGAGAAAAAGCGCGGCAAGAGGGACAUGCGGCACAAGGGGGAUUUCAAGAAGAUCCGUCGGGCCAAGCGGGGAUGACCGAGCUUUCGAAUAUGAUGAUCCAAACUAGCUAGCUAGCCCCUCAACUCUCGCCGAUUGCC